AUGGCACCUUCCAACGCUUUGUGUAUGAUACAGUCAGAGGUGUCUCUCAUGCUUACUGCUCUUCGAUGUAGCCACCGAAAUUCUUUUAGAAUGUAUCAGGAUGAUAGCAAAAGACUUCUCCUACUGAGCUUCAGUCAGUUGAGAUCAAUUUUGAAUGUUGCUACGAGUGUUAACGAAUUAGAACCAUUGGUUUAUCUUACCCCAUUUCUUGAGGUUAUUCGUUCAGAGGAUACAACGGGCCCGGUUACUGGACUAGCAUUAACAGCGGUGGAUAAGUUCUUGUCUUAUGGACUUUUGGAAUUACCAGGAAAACUGGAUGAAUCACCAUUAACUGGACCUGGAUCGGUUAAUUCUAUCACUAUGGCAGUUGAAGCUAUUGCUGACGCUAGCACUCAAGCUCGUUUUGUAGGCACAGAUCCACGCUCAGCAGAGGUCGUAUUGAUGAAAGUUUUGCAUUUAUUGCGAACACUGUUACUUGUUCCCGCUGGAACUCUUGUUUCGGACCGAGCUAUUCGCGAAAUCCUACAGAGUUGUUUUCGUAUAUGCUUUGAGCCAAAGUUGAGUGACUUACUGAGAAGAACUGCAGAAUUGUGUCUAGCAUCAAUGAUUCAGUUGUUUUUUAGCCGUCUUCCAACUUUGGUUGGAUUCAGAACAGAUAGGAGUGUACAGUUAUCAACACAGGGGAACUCUUCCUAUGACACCAAAGUAACAGUGGUAGAUAAAGAAACUUUACAAAUCUCUCAACCAAUUAAAACCAGUCAAAGUCCUAUGAAGUCAUGUGAUAAUAGUGUAGCCGGUUUUAUUGAAAAAGAUGAAGUGAUGCAUGAAAAGACUUCCUGUGGAACACUAGAUAAUGUAAUAGAAAAUUCAAGUAAUUCUCAAGUUGAGUAUAGUUUUCCAAAUCAUCCAAUUGAUUCAAAAAGUUGUUUUAACCAGGCAAAUGAUUCAAAUCAAAUGGAAUUUAUUGUACAUGGUCAAGUUACAACAUUAUCUGACUCUGUUGCUCAUGAAUCAGCUGAUUCUACAUUGCCACCAUCACAACCUGAUGCAUGUUUAAAUGAAUUUCAACCUGCUGAUCCAGUUCAACCACAACCGUAUACAAUUGAAGCAGUAUAUGAGUUAUUAUCCUAUCUAAUUUAUUCUCUCUCCCCUGUACAUAAUAAUGAGACUGUUAUUUCUAUAUCAUUGGGGCUUAUCACAAUUGCAUUGGAGACGGGUGCUGAUGCUAUAGCCAGUAGUCCACGAUUACUACAAUUGGUUCGAGGUGAUUUGACGAAAUACCUAAUGUUGCUGCUUUCUUCAGAAGAUGUUUGGCAGUUUGCCGCUACUCUGCGUGUCUGCUUCCUGUUGUUUGAGUCUAUGCGAAGUCAGUUAAAAUUACAAAUGGAAGUUUAUCUACAACGAUUAACUGCAAUCAGUUCAUCAGAUAAUGAGUCAACAAGUUAUGAAUUUCGUGAAAUAGCCUUGGAUUCAGUUGUUCGCCUAUUUCUUGUCCCAGGACUAGCUACUGAACUCUAUGUUAAUUAUGAUUGUGAUGCAUAUUGCUCAAAUUUAUUUGAAGAUAUCACAAAAAUGUUAGCGAAAAAUGCUUUCCCCGUUGAACGUUUAAUGGGUACACAUUUGUUGGCUCUAGAUGCACUACUGGUCGUACUCAAUACAAUUGAAGUUCAAUGCAACACUACAUUACCUCCGUCGUUACCAUCGCCUCCACCACCGCCAUCAACAGUUACAACAACUAAUCAGAAUUAUUCUGAUAAAUCCAUAAAUCUCUCCAGCUACCUACCACUUUCUGAUAGUAGUAAGUACAAAGUACGACUUAAUCGACAUCUUGUUGAUUCAACAAAAUUACCAUCUCGAGAGGAAUUGAAUGCUGCCAAGGCUAAAAAGAAGCUGUUGAUGCUUGGGUCAGAUCAGUUCAAUGUGAAACCAAAACGUGGAAUAGCCUUUUUACAAGAACAUAAUAUUUUGCAAAAGCCAUUGAAUUAUGAUGAGCUGGCUUUGUUUCUUCGUGAAAAUCCACGCUUAGAGAAACGUAUGGUUGGAGAAUACAUUAGUGAUCGGGAGAAUGUUGAUGUUUUAGCAGCAUUCGUUCGACAGUUUAAUUUUGUUGGUGUUCCGAUCGAUGAAGCGCUUCGUGUAUAUGUUGAAGCAUUUCGUCUACCUGGUGAAGCGCCCUUAAUUCAACGGAUUAUGGAACAUUUUGCUGAACAUUGGUAUAAAUCGAAUAAUGCUCCGUUUGCUGAUGUUGAUGCUGCUUUUACACUGGCUUAUGCUAUACUGAUGUUGAAUACAGAUCAGCAUAAUCCAAAUUCUAAGCGUCAAAAUGCUCCUAUGCGUAUGGAGGAUUUUAAAAAGAAUUUAAGCGGUAUGAAUGGAAGUCAAGAUUUCGAUCCCCAACUCUUGGAGUCGAUUUUCAAUAAUAUUCAUAACUGUGAAAUUAUCAUGCCAAUGGAACAGACGGGUUUGGUUCGUGAAAACUACUUAUGGAAGUGCCUUCUACGCCGUUCAUCAACCAACAAGCACAGUUUAUUCAUGUACAAACUGGUGCAUUGGAUGCUGAUCUGUUUGAGUUAA